AUGCAAUAAAUUUAGUAAGAAGUAAGCUUUUGUUAAAGACACCCUAGCCAUCACACUAUCGGAGUGUGUUUAAGCAAAAAUUUUUUAAAAGAUUAAGAGAAAAAUGAUUGGAAAAUAUGCUAAAAAUGCAUGAGCAUUUAUUCUAAAGUUUAUAAUGAUUUUUUAUUAUUUGAAGACAUAAAUGACAAAAAUGAAUACCAGAUAGAAGAAUACCCCUUCGAUUAAGCUACUAGAAAGAUCAAAGAUUUCCUUAAUGAAAAGUAGGCUUCGCAUAAAAAGGUAUUUAUUAAAGAGAUAGAGUUUAUUGAUCAAUUGAUUGAUUAACUUAAAGAGAUUAAGUCGUAGCUUAUAAAUUUUUAAGAGAGUAAUGAAAAAUUAUAGCAAAACAUGCUUAAUAAGAUUAAAUAACUUUAUACUGAUGCUUAUGGAAUUCAACACAUUAAAUAGGCUUUAAAGUAGAAUUGUUCUAAGCUAGAAAAUAACUAAGAAAUAGAAUUUAUGAAAAGUGAAUUGCACCAGACUUUUAAUUAGCUCUGUUAACUUAAAGAAGGUUAAGAUAUUAAAUAGCAGAUUAAUAACUUCUAGUAAGGAGCAUAUAAUUUUAUAAAUGAAAGGCUUAUUCACUAAUUUGACAAUUACCAGCAAAUAAUAAAUUAACUAAGCAUCGAGAAAUUAUCAGUUGAACAAAAUAGUAUGCAACCUGUUCAACUUGUUAGAUCAAAAGUACCUUAUCCUGAUGCUUUAAAUACUAUCCUGUAUCCUCGUGAAUCAUUUUCUGAAAAUUCUUCGAUUUAUAAAGUAGUAUUUAUAGAUAAUCAAAACUUUGAAGACAAGUGUCAUUUCUUUAUUGGUUGUAUAGACUCAGAACUUAAAGAUGCAAUAGGAUACAAUCACGAUAUGCCCUGUUUAUGUUUUAUUUGCCACCUUAAAUAAAAAGAAAUAAACAUAAGCAAUAUUAAAUAACUAAGUAUUACAGCAGCAUUUGAUAUUAAAUAAAACCAGGUUACUUAUACCUUUAAUGACAAUAUUUUAAAUUAACACUCAGUUGUGAUAAGUUAUAACUUUUAGCCAUUCAAAGAAUGGAAAUUAUUUAUUAGCACUUGUUUUUAACUUAAAUUCAAAGUGUAUAAAUGCUGA